ACUCAAAAGAAAUCUAAUGUAUUGUUUGUAGUUUGGACGAGCUUCUAUUUCUAUUAUUUAGUGACGGUCUUUAGUUUUUCAAUAAGUAAUAAAUUGUUUAUUAUUUAUGUCGAAACGUUUUUCAUAAAUAUGGCUAAAGAAGGCGAUAUGUCUCUGUUCAAUGAUGUCCUAGAGCCAUUCCGGCGAGUUAUUAACACCGAUCCGCCAAAAGAUAAACUGUCGGCGUCAAAUAAACUUAACUUUUCGGAUAGUAACAGCUCUUUAAAAGAAGGAAUAACCAAUCUUCUUAACUCUGGUAAGCGUAAGGCAAGUCUAAAUAGUUCUGAACCAGAAACUCCUGGCAAACGUAUCCGUACAGAUUCUUCAUCAAAUGUUCCUCCAUCACCAUGGGAAAGUAAGAGAUUGAAAAUAGAUUUGAUUGCUGCAAAGGCUCAGAUUGCCAAACUGGAGUCUAGAAUAAAUCAUCAACAUCAAAUCUUUAAAGAAAUGCAAAUUCUAUUUGAAGGAGAGAAGGGCUCAUUAGUUGAACAACACAAAAGAGAUGAACGAGCAAUAUCAGACUUAGAAGACAGACUAACCCUUAUUAGAAAGAGAGAGCAGGAUUUAAGAGAAGAAUUUGGUGAGUCAGUUAAAGAUUUUAAUGAAAGUAAAGCUGCAUUUGAUAAAGAAAAAUUAGAUCUGCAAAAACAAGUAGAAGACUUAAAGGAUAAACUUCUGGAAGUGAAUGUCAGUAGUGCGGAUCAAAUAUCCGAAAUGCAAAAAGACAUGAAUGAAUUGCUGGCUGCUCUAGAAAGCGCACAAGAGGAAGCUGCUAACUUUAAGAGUGAAGUGGAACAACUCAAAAUAAAAUCGGAACAAUGUACAAGCUUGAGAAAUCAGUUGGAGAAGCAGACAUUUGAGUUUCAACAAGUGACUAGGAAAUUAAAGCAGAUGGAAUAUGAAAAAGAUUCAUAUCAGGAUUGGCAAACUCAAGCUAAGACGGCACAAAAACGUCUAUCAAAUAUGGCUGAAUUGGAGAAAGAAGUGACAAGGCUGAGAGCGACUGAGAGAUCAUUACGUGACACAAUAUGCAACACAUUGUUGCUGGAGGAACAAGUCCACGUGUUGACAGCUAAACUGGAAGCAUUGCAGCCGGUGCAGCAGGAACUACACGAGGCAAAGGUUAAGUUGGCGUCAUUGGAAUCUUCGCUGGAAGAAUGGCGGAGUGCAGCUCAGUCGCAUGGUGUGGAGAAUGCUCGAGCCCUGUCUGCGGCGCUGGAUGCAGCACUGAGCGGACAGAUGAGUGCGGUCACCGACGCCUCCAUGGCACAGACACAGCUGGCACAACUCACGGAGGAUGCAGCAACACUGAAGUUUGAACGCGACAAAGUGAAUGCAAAACUGAAUGAUCUGUUGACUGUACGUAAAAAUCAGGAAAGCCUUAUACACAGACUGCAGAAACGAUUGUUGCUGGUCACUAGAGAGAGGGAUAGUUACAGGCAACAAUUGGACAGCUUCGAGAAGGAGUUAACUGUAACACUGAGCGGAGAGACAGGUGCCGGUGGUGCUGCCUUGCUGCAGGCCAGGGUAGAGCAGCUGGAGAGGUCAUUGCAAGGCUACAGAGACCUGCUCGCGACUCAAGAUCAGGAGAGUCAGGCUAAAGCUUUGGAUAGUGCCCGCGCAGAAGCCACCAAGUAUCGCGAGGAGGCAGAGAACGCCAAGCGUGAGUUGGGCAAGAUACGCGCGCAGAGGGAUCAACUACAUGCGCAUUUGGACAAACUUGCCGCACCCACUAAGGUUCUGCAUUUGGCCGAUAAUCCGGCAGCGUUGGUGCAAAAACAAAUUCAAAUGGACUUAGAUGCCGCACAAGAAGAGAUAAAGAAGCUGAAAGCAGCUCUCCGUGAGGGUAGCGGCCGUGCGUGUCCUGAAGAGAUGCAGCAGUUAAAACAGCAGCUGGAAAACAGUAGGAUCAAGCUGCAACGCAUGAAGGAGGAGUUUACGUCGUCAGCACAGGAGUACAGAGAUGUCUGCUACAUGCUGUUCGGAUAUAAGUUAGAUAGAACUGGACACAAGAAUUACAGAGUAUCGAAUAUGUACGCGGAAUCGCCAGACGAGUUCCUCACAUUCACACUGUGUGAGGAUGGCAUAGAGAUGGUGCAUACAGACUACUCCACUACCCUCGAGGAUCUGAUCGACUUGCAUCUCAACCAGCACUGCUCAAUACCCAUGUUCCUGGCCGCGUUGACAAUGCAGCUCUUUAAUAAAACUACCAUCCAACAUGUGUAGACUGUCAGAUUAGAUUAAUUAUUAAAUUAAUUUUAAAAAUAUUAUGCGUCUUUAAGAAGAAUGAGUGUUGUAAUAAUCCACGUAUUAAUAAAUCUAUGAAUGUAACACAAUAUAUUUUUAUGUUUUAUCUACACCCAUGCUUUAAAUACUCUAUUAAAGAUUCUGAAACAGUUAGCUUAUUGCCAACAUUAAAACAACCAAUGUCUUAAUAACCGUUACAUCAUCCAAACGGAUUGUACUGAAUUUCAUAAUAACACUACUUUGUUUUUUUCGAUCCCUUCAUGCGCAAAGAGUUUCAACAGACAGCCACAUUCUUAUUGCUCGAUGCGUGCUAUCUGUAUGAAUUUAAAAAAAGAACAUUUUCGUUUACGCGCUUUCCACAGUACCAGAACGUCGCGCGCCGUAAAAAAGAGUAGGUUAUUCGAAUCCCCGCCAUUUAAUGUUAGCAGUAAGCUAACUGUUUCAGAAUCUUUUAGAAGAUUCAUAUUAUGGGUGUAGAUAAAUGAAGAGUUUUUUUAGAAUAUACUCAUAUAGUCAUCAUCAUCAUCCGGAAGACGUCCACUGCUGGACAAAAGCCUCCCCCAAAGAUUUCCAUGACGAUCGGUCAUGCGCUGCCCUCAUCCAACGUAUUCCGGCGAUAACUUAAUAAACUUUUAUCAGACAUGAUUUAGAGAAUGUUUAUUUUAAAUUACUCCGAAAUUUAAUAUCAUCAAAAGCAUAUACUUAGUUCUUUUAUAGUAAAUAGUAAUAAUAUUUUUUUUUAUUUCACAAAAAGUACUUCAAAACUAGGGGCAUAAAGCUUAUCGCCUGUAUUGGGAAUAGUGUGUGUUGCCAUUCAAAAGGGCUUAACCAAACAGAUUUUUAAUACAAUUUGGACCGAUAGGUUUUGAGAAAUAUCAAAACAACUACGAAAAAAUGUUGUGUUUUUGGAAUAGUUUUAAAACGGCUUUACCGAUCUACUGUUAACUGCGUGAAAAUUAGGUUUAUUCAUUCAAAAGUAAUUUCGGUUUAAAAAUUUUAAAAUACGGUUUUAUUUAACUUUUAUCAUACUUUUGACCUCGAAGAGCUCAAAUUUAACACACCUCGUAUGCAAUUUAUAAUUAAAAAAAUACUAUUAUUUGUAUGUCUACCUAUUGAUAGAUUUUGAGCCGGUGCCAAGCCCUAAACAAAAUAAAACUUAAUAUUAUAAACAGCUUACUGUCAUUUUCAACGAUAUCUGCCCACUUGGGUUGUUUUGUUCUAGAUGAAGCUAUCCCGCUUAAAGUCACGCGUGGCGAUUGUAGGCAUCUCUAUUAUAUUUGGCUUGGCACCGACUUCAAAGCUAUCAAUAGGUCGCACGUAUAAAUAAUAGUAUUUUAUUAAUAUUAAAAGGUUUGCAUAAGAGAUGUACUUAUUAAAUAAAAUCCUUAUUAAGUUAUUUUAUACGUUUUAGUUUUUGAAGUCGGUUCUUUUUAUAAUCAAUAUUUCUAUGUAAAUUUAAAAUGUAUUUUCCGCAACCAUAUGAUGUAAGUUGGUAGACAUUCCAUGAGAUAUAAUAGCAAUACUGUUUGUUAUCCGUCGAUUUUUCUUUAACGUGUACGAAGGCAUUGGUGGUGGUCGCGGUAGUGACAUACUAUCGUGUGACCCUGCAGAGCACACACUAUUAAAUAAAUGGCUACUUUAUAAAAUCUUGUACAUAAUAAAAAUAUUAAAUUAGAAAAUAA